AACCCGUGCGAUGGCAAACACCGGCCCUUGGACGAUGAAGUUGGUCUCUCUGGCAGUUUUGUGGAUUUGACUGCUACACCUAUCUCUGGCCAGUCGUCGUCUGGAGAGGUUGGGGAGAAGACUCUGAACAUGAGUGGUUGUCGUAUCUUCAUCGGUCGCCUAAACCCCUCGGCCCGGGAGAAGGACGUGGAGAGGUUCUUUAAAGGUUACGGCCGCAUCCGAGACAUCGACCUCAAGAGGGGCUUCGGCUUUGUGGAAUUUGACGACCCCAGGGACGCGGAAGAUGCGGUCUAUGAGCUUGAUGGCAAAGAGCUCUGCAACGAGAGGGUGACCAUUGAGCAUGCCCGUGUGCGUCUGCGUGGUGGGCGUGGCGGAGGUGGAAGUGGUAGCGAUAGAGGAGGCGGAGGAGGACGCUUCCCUGAUCGCUAUGGCCGGGGUUCCCAGGGUGGUCGCAGUCGGAAUCCUCCUCCGAUGCGGACGGAGAACCGUCUGAUCGCAGAGAACCUGUCGUCACGGGUCAGCUACGUGUUCGCGAUUCCUGGGGGUGGAGCUACGGCUACUUAA